UGUUGCUAACAACCACAAGCAGAAUUUGAUGACAGUGGCAAACCUUGGAGUGGUGUUUGGACCCACCCUGCUGCGGCCUCAGGAAGAAACAGUAGCAGCCAUCAUGGAUAUCAAAUUUCAGAACAUUGUCAUUGAGAUCCUGAUAGAAAACCAUGAAAAGAUAUUUAACACCGUACCUGAUAUGCCUCUGACCAAUGCCCAGCUGCACCUGUCUCGGAAGAAGAGCAGUGACUCCAAGCCCCCAUCCUGCAGCGAGAGGCCCCUGACGCUCUUCCACACUGUACAGUCAACAGAGAAACGUGAGUCCCUACACUCAGGUCCAGUGUGGUUUCAAGGACAUCCCAAGCUGCCUCACACUGCUUGA